GAUAGUCCUUAUCAGUGGCAGAAGAUCCUUCUAUAGUGUAUUUUCUGUCCUGCCCUAUCAAGAUUGUAGCCAAGCAGGGUAUGUAUCAGACGGCAUGCCGUACUUUUUAUGACUCCGCCCACCCUGUGCUCCCUCUUUCUUUUUUUCCCCCCCAUACUUCUCCUUUGUCGACACGCUCUCCCUUCACAGCUUGAUUUUGGCCGAUGCAUUUUAUUUUUUUUAUCAUGAUGGUGUCAUAAAUACAAAGUGGGCUGAAAAAUGGCUUUAAGAGCUUAAUUGUGUGCAUACAUGUGUAAGUAUUAAUAGACUCGAUUAGCUUUUCUGCUUGUUGCCUCUGUUGCUUUUUGUCAUAAUUGCUCUGGUGGCUUGUGGGCACUCAUCCUUUCCCCCCCACACAUUAUUUUUGUCCAUAACUGGCUUUGCUGUCCAUCCUGUUUACCAUUCCUGUGGUAAUAGCUCCUCUUAGAUGUAGUCCUUUUAAGCCUGAAACAAUAAUACUGCAUUAUUAGUGGGCUUAAUUCUAAGCCAUGCUUUUUUGUUUCUUCGCUACCAAUUUUACAGAUCGCCGCUGCAUAGAAGAGCUGAUUUCUAUCUAACACAUUUCUGUUUUUAGAAUUCAAUAUAAAGAGGUUCUACCUGGUUUGCAUAGAGAUCAGCUGUAUUGCAAAACUGGCUCUGACCCCUAUCUGGUGACACGGUUUAGAGGAAGCGGAAAGGGAAACAGGGCAGGUAAACAACCGAGAAUACAAUGCACAGAAAGAAAAGCUCCAUGCUGAGGUUUAGCGCAGAGCACAACAGGCUCAGAGUAUUUGUGGAAUGUCCUAAGCCAACCAGUCAGUGCAAGGUCAAAGGUUAAUAAGCCCCCUGUGCUCUGUCAGUGUGCACAUUUGGCUGCGUUUUGAGGCACACGGGCAGUUUUCAGUUGGACGUCUGCUGCUUGUUUUGUGCUGAACAGAAUUGCAUCAGACAACUCGGUUGAAACUGUUGAUUGAGAUUUAACACCAACCUAUCUUCUCUGAGUAUUUGCUUUCAUGUUGUGGUAAAAAUGAACUCCAAAAAGAGCUCUACUGAAGAUCAGCAUGUCCUCCUCACAUUUUGUAAUUAAGUUCUUACCAUAAAUUUGAUUAUUUUAUUCACCCUUUCCGUUUAAGCUUGCAUCUGUGUAUCAUAGAAGAGUCGUAUUGAAAUCAACGAUUUGUGCGCUAAGUUUAGCGGCUUGAAAAGUCUGUUGUACUGACAUAAUUUCUGCUAGUUUAGAAAAAAUCUUUAUGCUAACUAGACUUGUACCUUUCUCUCUGCCUGAGUCAAAAAAAAUUAUAUUUUAGCUAUUAAACAGUUGAAAUUAUUGCCUCUUAAAAGCAUGUCUUUAAAUAUAGUUACUUAGUCUUUUGCAGGUAAACUUCUAAAGUUCUGGUUACAAAAAUCUACUUGUUCUUGUGGUCAAAAGACAGACGGUGCUAGAAGAACAAGAGCUGUCUCUGGCUUUUUGUUCAUGGUAACAUGAACUGCCCCUCCCCAACACUUUGCUGCAUACUGUUGGUCAGCUGGCUGAAAAAGAGCUUCUAAACUUUUCCUUCUCUUACAGCAACAUAACCAUUUCAAAAUCAACUGUUUACAUGAACAGUCAAUUAAAUUAUAGCUAAAAUUACAGCCGUAAGACUACUUUGCUAUAUAAUUUUAGCAUUGCCUUUCUGCUAGUAGAUCAUGUUAUACAUUUUGAUUACAUUUUUUUAGAUCAAUGCUAUGAAAGGUAGUAUUUUAAGUUUUCUAUCUAAGGAAGGCCAGACCAUUUCACCAAGUCAUUGACUUGGCCACAACUCCGUACUGGCAGAGUUUACAACCCCCUGCUUAGAUGAGAUAGGUUGCUUGUAACGGUCUGCAUUUGUGGAAAAUGAUGGCAGAACAACAUACAAAACUGAACUGAACUGAGCGCCUUAGAUCAAGAGUCUAUCUGUUCUUAUAAGAAAAUGACGAAUAAAUAAAGAUCAAGUUUUAAGUUUAGCUGAAGGGAGUCAAAUAUUUAUGUUUAACGGGAGUAUGAAACCACAUAUUCUGCAUCAUGUUUUCAUGCUCUGGGUCAUUGGGUUAUGAUGUUGGUUGUGGGCUGUGGUGGAAAUAUAAUCCUAUGUAAAAGCCUUAAGCUUGUUCAGAUGUUGGCAAAAACGCUCUUACAGGUAAAGUUGAAGAAGCUCAAAUCUCCUGUAAUUGGGGGCUUGUGACCACUCUAUAUGUUAGAGUUUCUUUAGAUUGUAAAGUGUUUAUUGAAAUGUCUAACAGCUUGAGAUUGUUAUUACAUUUCUUGUGAUUUCGUGACACGAUAAGAACUGAAACACUAACAAACAGAUUACAUAAAGCCUGAGAUUCGUGCAUGUUGCUGAAUAACAUUUCCUUCUCAUUUAUUCAUUGUUCAUUCUCAGGUUAACACAGGAGAAACUUUUCUGUCUUUGUCCUUUAAAUGUUGUUCUUGCUUGUAUCCAUUAAUCUUUUUCCACACUUUUUUUAAUUAUUUGGUUAAAGCUGCCAUGCUGCAUUGGGAUCUCCUUUCCUGCGACGUGUCAACAUUGUGUCUUGCCCUGCUUGUCUGCCUGAUAACAGUUUUUAUUGCGACUGAUUAGAUGCCGCGUGUCGCCAAAACACAGGAUUUAUGUGUGUGCAUAUGGAUACAGAGUUAAACAGAAAGCAAGACUGAACCAGGGACGAUAAGGGGUCAGAAAACAAACAGGACAGUGUUAGCACGUCUCUUUGGCUGCCGGAGUGCAUUUGUGCUUAACAUUAGCAAAAAAUUAAUUUGGCCGUAGGCAUGGGUUGUUUGUUUGCUUUGGAUACCAAAAGUAGGAAUGAUUCAUUGCCUAGUUACGAAGCUAUUUAUUAUUAGUUUGUAAUCUAACAACUUACUUGGAAAUAACAAAAAAUAUACUUAUUGAAAAAAAACUGCAGUUGCUUUUCUAUAAAUGGUUAAUUAUUUUAAGCCCAGCAAAAAAAAAAAUCUGUUCUAUCGGCGUGUGGCCGUAAAACAGGUAUUUACAAACAUCGGUAUGGGUAUUGCGUGUUGUGUGCAAUCUUUUCACAGAAAUAUUUAGCUUAUUCAGCAUGUGUAUAGUCUCAACCUGCCCACACGUUGCCCCACUGACACACAUUUGGCUCUGCAGCCAUCUGUUUUAGGACACACUCCCACAUCAGUAUGGCAUCUCGGGCUUGGGUGAGGCAGCAGCUGACAGAGUUUGGCUCAGUUUUCUCCUCCAUCCUGCCUCCCCAGGGCACAAUUUAUUUAAGAGUGCUCCGAGAAGCUCCUGAAAACACGAGCCGUUAACAGAAACUAGGCCGGCCGAUGAGCGCAGAUCGAUACCGGGUCUGUAUGUGUAAAGCGGAACGCGAGUGUGUAAGGAAGAUGAGACGGAGCAGGGCUAAAACAGGAGGGAGGGAGCGUGGGGGUUGGACAAAGCUGCAGCACGAUUUGUUUGGUUUGAGCUCUAAAACUCUUGUGCUCACUAGGGACAUAAGGGCGGAAGGGCGUCAGCGUCACCCGUCAGGAGGCGUAAGUGCCAAGGAAAUGGUGAUUGGACUGGAGGGAGUGGAGUUGGGAGCAGAUGGAAAGACCGUUUCGUACACCCAGUUCCUGUAUCCCACCAACGUUCUGGGCGGUCGAAGGAACACCAUUGACUCCACCUCGUCCUUCUCUCAGUCUCGGAACGCGAGCCACCGCAGCCUCAGCCUGGGCAGAGCCAACAGCAACCAGAGCAGCUUGGACACAGGGAACGACUUCGGAGACUUUCGCGAGUAUGACCCCAACCUGCUGGAUGACCCGCAGUGGCCCUGUGGAAAGCACAAGAGAGUGCUCAUCUUUCCCUCUUACAUGACUACGGUCAUCGAAUACGUCAAGCCCUUUGACCUGAAGAAGGACAUGAACGAGACCUUCAAGGAGAAAUUCCCCCACAUUCGUCUCACUCUAAGCAAGAUACGGAGCUUGAAAAGAGAGAUAAAAAAACUGGCCCAGAAUGAAUGCGGGUACGAGGAGCCGACUGUGGCCAUGGCUUUCGUCUACUUCGAAAAACUCGUUCUUCAAGGCAAGCUGAACAAACAAAACCGCAAACUCUGCGCUGGAGCCUGCGUCCUCCUGGCAGCCAAGAUCGGCGGUGAUCUUAAGAAGCACGAGGUCAAGCUUCUUAUUGAUAAACUGGAGGAGCGAUUCCGGGUGAACCGCAGAGAGCUGAUAGCGUUCGAGUUUCCCGUCUUGGUAGCACUGGAGUUCAACCUGCACCUGCCUGAACACGAGAUCAUGCCUCACUACAGACGCYUGCUGCAGACCUCUUAGCAUUGGUAAACCAUCAGGAGGACAGCAGCUGGGUUCUCCUGAUCCGCCUGCCCCCCAACCCUCUAGGAUUCAUCCUUCUCCUCCUUGUGACCACUACAGAUGAAGCCCUUCUAUUCUCUCAUUUCACUAUGAUUCGCCAAAAAGACUCUCAUUUUUAUUUUUUGAUAUUUACUAUCACUACAUGGAGCUCUUACCGGUUUGUAUCUCACCUGCUUUACUUCAAGUACAUUUUCUCUUGUUGAUUAGGAGAACAUUUUUUUUUUGCUUCUUCAUAAAUCUUGUCUUACCUCUUCAGCUGCAUUAAAAUAUCAAACAAAAGCCUUUUUUUUUUUUAAAGCUGCUGUUUCUAGCAGGACUGUUAUUCCUCGGGAGUGACUCAUCUUUUUGCAAGUGUUUGUAAUGAAAGUGCACUUUUUGGCAUACCACAAGAUUUUCUUACCCAUCUCGGGAACUAACCCAGAAGAACAAUAAGCUAAACAUGUGUAAUUUAAUUGGACCUUUGAUCCUGUCAGAACACUUUCUAGYCAGAGAAAUCUGCAUGGACAUUUCUUAGUAUUUGUACACGGGCAAAGAAGAUGYGGCCUCCUUUCCGUUCAGAUCGUUUUCUACCACUUAAAUGUUUGCUACGGACUCCCUGAGGCCAGACACGCUUUUAUCAGUGUCAGAUUUCCUGUGCUCUAUGUUAGAGUGUAUUGCUGGCACAUUUAUGGUGCUUUGUUGCGGGAGCUGUUAACGCGUGCUAAAAAUGCCAUUAACCAGCAGACGGCGCUGGCAGUGGUGUGCUCGGACGUCGAGGUGGGGGGGGAGAAGCGUUAUGAUGCAAAUAUAUCUUCUCUGCUGAAGUGUCCUUGARCAAGACACCGGGGUUCCUACAGGCAAAAAGAGCCRUUUGUUUUUAGCCCGCUGAUGACCUCUGUGAGGAAUCCGUUUAAAACGAGGGUCCAGGCAGGGAGCGCGGAAAAGUCGGAUCAAACAUUUGCUUUAACUUGAAUGUGUUGCUUUAAAACGUGCAAUUUCUUAAUCUUUUUUUUUAUCAACUUCAGCUGUGUAACAGUUACUUUUACUGGUCUGUUCUUAAUAAGUCUUUAAAAUGUCUCGCGCAGAUGGUGUUUUAAGGUGUAGUGAUCAUAAGAGCGAUUUUCAUCAGAGAAAGAUUGAUUGUUUUGUUUUUAAGGUAAAAGARAAAUGCUUCUUUCUGUCUGCAAGCCCAAAGAUAUUGUUGUAUGAAGCACUCAGAGUACUCUGUGAGUAAGGACUCAUGGGUGACAUGCUUAGCCUGUUUAUUCUUGUAAAUAAAAAAAUUAAUUCUUUGCUUGUUCAAUCCGAA